AUGCCGUCCGACAGGAUCUUGUCGCCGCUGCCGUAUCUCCUCCUCAUCAUCAUCAUCACCGCAGUCCUCGCCGCCUCCGAAGUCGCCGCGUAUAUGGACUGGAGCAGGAGAUACGCGAUCAUCCGCGGGAUCGCGCGCGGCCUGCUGUACCUCCACGAGGAGUCCCGGCUGCGGAUCAUCCACCGUGACCUCAAGCCCAGCAACGUCCUCCUGGACUCGGACCUGACCCCCAAGAUCGCGGAUUUCGGCCUGGCCAGGGCGUUCUGGGGAGACGAGACAAGGGAGGUGACCAAGCGACCGGUUGGGAGUUGUGGGUACAUGUCGCCGGAGUACGCGUACUACGGGCACGUAUCGACCAAAUCGGACAUGUUCGGCUUCGGGGUGAUGGUCCUCGAGAUCGUCACCGGUCGAAGGAACACCAGCUGCGCUGAAGAUCAAGAUGGCAGCAGCAAUCUGCUGAGCUACGUGUGGGAGAAGUGGAGCCGCGGGUCGGUGGCGGACGCCGUGGACGUGUCGCUGGGCGGGCGGUACGCCCGGGCCGAGGCGCUCGCCUGCGCGCAGGUCGGGCUCCUGUGCGUGCAGGUCCGCCACAAAAUCACCGGUACGGAGAUGAACCGGGGGUGA